AUGUGCUCUACUCCAGAUACGAUAAACCUACUUCAUAGACCUUGGUCUUUUUCAAAUUUAGUUGAAGUAGAUGCACAAAGAAACCAUAAAUUGUUGGAAAGCCGCAUAAUUUUUCCAUGCAAUGAGUUGCAUACUUUGAAGAAUCUUGAAAAGCUUUCUAUUACUGAUGCCUAUAACUCUGUAAUAGAGGAGGUAUUUGAAGUAAUAGAAGGAACAAAUGAUGAUGUGAAUAUUGAAACACAAUCUGUUGUGGUAUUUGAGAAGCUAAAAAAGGUGACUUUGAGUGAAUUAGAUAAUCUGAAGCAUAUGUGGAAGAGCAAUCGGAGGAUAGUGUUGAACUUUCCAAACCUUACAAAGGUCUCAAUUGUAGGUUGUAAGCUUCUUGGACAAGUUUUUAGUAGUUGCAUGGUUGGCAGUCUAUUGCAGCUCCAAGAGCUGCAAAUAAGUUACUGCAGGAAUAUGGAUGUGAUUGUGAAGCAAGUUGAAUAUUCCGAGACCAGACCGACUAAAGAGGUUGUGUUCCCUUGUCUAAAAUCCAUAACUCUUCACAACCUUCAAAAUCUCAAGGGAUUUUGCCUUGGGAAGGAGGCUUUUCAAUGGCCAUCGUUAACUGCUUUGGAAAUCAAAGAUUGUCCAAAAAUAACAGUUUUCACAAAUGGGCAAUCAACUACUCCAAAGCUAAAAUUAAUAGAUACAACUUUUGGAUUGUGUCAUAUUAAUGUUUUCUCCAACAAAAACUUCACAUUACUCUCCGAUUUACAACUUGUUGUAAUCUCCUACAGGGAUGGCAGUUCUAGAGAAACAUCAAAUUCACACCUGCAGUUUGGUUGUUUGCUUACUCUGUCAAUCUGGGUUACUGAAUUUCUAGUUUCAACUUUCAAGUAA